AUAUAUAUAUAUAGAUUGUUCUUAUUUCCUCAAACAAGUCAUUAGAACACAAACUUAAACAUGGAGGUCUUCCAUAUCUCUCUCCUUUGCAUUUUUAUCCUCUUUGUGUCACUCUCUCUUCAUUUCAUUUUCUACAAGAAAAACUCCGGCCGUGGCUCGACCGGAACCCUCCCUCCGGGAAAAACCGGAUGGCCGGUCAUCGGAGAGAGCCUCGAGUUUCUCUCAACAGGUUGGAAAGGUCACCCUGAAAAAUUUGUAUUCGAUAGAAUGUCUAAGUAUUCUUCUAGCAUCUUUAAAACUCAUCUCUUAGGUGAAAAAGCAGCGGUUUUUUGUGGUCCAACAUGUAACAAAUUCUUGUUUUCUAAUGAAAACAAACUUGUACAAUCAUGGUGGCCUAAUUCAGUCAACAAAAUAUUCCCAUCUUCAACUCAAACUUCAUCAAAAGAAGAAGCAAUUAAGAUGAGAAAAUUGCUUCCUAAUUUUUUCAAGCCAGAUGCAUUAAAACAUUAUGUUGGAAUAAUGGAUCAUAUAGCUCAAUGCCAUUUUGCUACAAAUUGGGAAAAUAAGAGCCAAAUUGAAGUGUUCCCGUUAGCAAAACGUUACACAUUUUGGCUAGCUUGUAAAUUAUUUCUAAGUGUUCAAGAUCCUAAUCAUGUUGCAAAAUUUGCUGAUCCUUUCAAUGUAUUAGCCUCUGGAUUAAUUUCUAUCCCCAUAGAUUUGCCCGGAACGCCAUUUAAUUGCGCGAUUAAGGCCUCAAAUUUUAUUAGAAAGGAGCUUUUAGUGAUAAUUAAGCAGAGGAAAGUUGAUUUGGCUGAGGGAAAAGCAUCACCAACACAAGAUAUAUUGUCACAUAUGUUAUUGACAAGUGAUGAAAAUGGGAAAUUUAUGAAUGAAUUGGAUAUUGCUGAUAAGAUUUUAGGUUUGUUGAUUGGUGGUCAUGACACUGCUAGCUCUGCUUGUACAUUCAUUGUUAAGUAUCUUGCUGAAAUUCCUGAGAUCUAUGAAGGAGUUUACAAAGAACAAAUGGAAAUUGCAAAGUCAAAGGCACCUGUUGAGUUAUUGAAUUGGAAUGAUAUUCAAAAGAUGAAGUAUUCAUGGAAUGUUGCAUGUGAAGUUUUGAGACUUGCUUCACCCCUCCAAGGUGCUUUUAGAGAAGCACUGGUUGAUUUCACAUUCAACGGCUUCUACAUUCCCAAAGGAUGGAAGCUAUAUUGGAGUGCCAACUCAACACACAAAAAUCAUGAUUUUUUUCCAGAGCCAGAUAAGUUUGAUCCUUCAAGAUUUGAGGGUUCUGGUCCAGCCCCUUAUACAUUUGUGCCAUUUGGAGGAGGACCAAGAAUGUGCCCCGGAAAAGAAUAUGCAAGACUUGAAAUACUUGUUUUCAUGCACCAUUUAGUGAAAAGGUUCAAGUGGGAAAAAGUUAUUGCUGAUGAGAAAAUUAUUGUUGAUCCAAUGCCUGUUCCUGCUAAGGGACUUCCUGUUAGACUCUACCCUCACAAAGCUUAGUCAAUCAAAUAAAUACUUAUUCACAUUGUGUGUUUACAUCAGA